AUGGAUACGACUUUAGCCGGCCUGCCUGGAGUUGUAGCGCUGGAUGACGUCACCUUUGUGGGGCGCAUAGAACAUGAGCCCAGGAGGAACCUGCACGCACCUUUCAAAAGAAUCACUAAGAGUGGGCUUCAUGUACGCAUGGAAAAACGCUGGUUUUCAAAAUCCCCAAUCAACCAUCUUGGAUACAUCAUCGACAAGCAUGGACGACGCCCAGAUCCGAAGAAAAUUGAAGCAAUCACCAAGAUGCCCGUCCCUCGAGACAUUUCACAACUUCGAUCUUCCUUAGGUCUCCUAGGCUAUUGCGGUGCUUUCAUAAAAGGGAUGCGAAGCCUGCGUGCUCCUCUCGACGCUCUCUUGACGAAGAAUGCGAAAUUCAACUGGUUCAAGGAAUGCAAUGACAGUUUCAAUAGAGCAAAAGCAAUACUUUGUUCAGAUCUUUUACUCGCACAUUACGACCCUAAUCAGGAAAUAAUCAUAGCCGCUAACGCAUCAGGCUAUGGAUUGGGUCAAUGAUCUCACAUCGUUACGAGGACGGAUCAGAGAAGGCACGCCUCUCGCUCACUUCAGCCAGCCGAAAAGAAUUACAGCCAAGUCGAAAAAGAGCACUUGUGCUUAUAUUCGCCGUCCAAAAACUUCACAGGAUGUUUCAUGGGCGCAAAUUCACGCUUUCAACGGACCAUAACCCCCUGCUCGCUUGGUUCAAAAAAAAAAGGAAUUCCAGUAUACGCCGCUAACAGAUUACAAAGGUGAGCAGUCUUUUGACAGUCCCAACCUUCUGGCAUAGGAUUUUCAUAUCCAGUACAGCUCGACAGAAAUUUCGGGCAGGCAGAUGCACUUUCACGCCUCAUUGCAACAUACUCGGCCCUGGAAGAAGAGCGAGUACCGGUGCAAUAUCCGCAGAUGAGGACAUCAACCACAUAUUCACCAACGCUGUUCAAGCACUACCGGUCACAGCGGAUGAAGCCUGGAAAGGGACUGCCCAGGAUCGUCUCCUUCAACAAGUCAACAGCUGCCUCAGAGAAGCAUGGUUGACAAAAAACCACAAAUCCCAAGUUUCUUUGUUUCUACAAUCGUCGGAAUGCACUUUCAACUCUCGACGGAUGUCUUCUAAUAGCCGAUCGAGUGGUCAUCCCAGAACUCCUGCAGUCAAACGUUCUUCGACAGUUACACAAUCGACAUCCUGGAAUCGCACGCAUGAAGGCCAUAGCCCGCAGCUAUGCCUACUGGCCUGGAAUCGAUCAGGAUAUCGAAAAUACUGUGCGGCACUGCACCAAAUGCUCUACAGUCGCUAGGCUUGUAAUCAAGACACCCUCGCGUCAUGGCCGCGACCCAAUGGGCCCUGGACUCGAAUUCACGUCGAUUACACCGGCGUAUACGAAGGAACUUAGUUUUUAG